UAGUUUAUCAGUGGUUAGACGUGUUCUGAGGGAAUUGCAAAAACUACUCAAAAUGGCGAGAAACUCGGAAAAAGCGAUGGCUAUGCUGAACCGUUGGAUCAAAAUGAAACAAGACGAGGGCAAACCAAAGAACAAGCGCCCUUUCCUUGCCUCUGAAUGUGACAAUGUGAACGACGCAGAGCGUUGGAGACGAGACAUUGUGAAAGACGUUGGAAGGAAAAUCUCGCAGAUUCAAAACCCUGGAUUGGGAGAAUUCAAAAUUCGCGAUCUCAACGACGAAAUCAACAGACUGCUGAGACUAAAGCGAGUGUGGGAGUAUCGCAUUCGAGAGUUAGGGGGCCCCGACUAUGCGAAAUUUGGUCCGAAGAUGCUUGAUUACGAAGGGCGAGAGAUUCCCGGCAAUCGAGGCUACAAGUAUUUUGGUGCAGCAAAGGAUCUACCGGGUGUUAGAGAAUUAUUUGAACAAGAACCUGCUCCUGCACCUAAGAAGACGAGAGGUGAGCUGUAUCGUGAUGUAGACGCCGACUAUUAUGGAUAUAGAGAUGAAGACGAUGGUGUGUUGCUUCCAUUGGAGCAAGAAGCUGAACAGAACGCCAUAACUGCUGCUGUGAAAGAGUGGGAGAAACAGAGGGAACAGGGUGGUGGUGGUGAAGCGAGCAGCGAGGAGGAAGAGGAGGAGAACAUCUAUGUGGCUGCAGCAGAAGAUUCUGACGAAGACGGUGGCAGCGGCAAUGAAGGUGACCCCGACGACCCAUCCCUCGUGCACGUACCAUCUCAAGAAGAGGUCGAAGAGAUGCUCGUCAAGAAGAGGAAACAAGAACUACUGGACAAAUACGCAAGCGAGCAGCUCAUAUCACAAGGCAACGAGGCAAAGACACUUCUCGGACUCUAACACAACACACGUCUCCUGCCAGCAGCUUUUUAUUGUAUUUAUACAAUAUAGAAUGACCAAUCUAAUAAAAGCAAUUUAAUCUCA